AUGAGGGGGGCGAACACAUCGGUGCUGGUCCUCUCAGGCCUCGCCGCGCUGACGAAGGCGAGGGAGGUGAAGGUCGACGAAGUCCCCGUCGAGUGCGCGACGAUAUGCGGGCCCAUCGUCGAGUUGACGUACAAAUGCGACAUCGACGGCAGCUUCGACGAGCUGAAGAGGCGGAAGCUCGACGGUCCGCCUGCGAACCCGCCUCCUCCGGAAAAGAGGCAAGCAGGGAAGCAUGGCUCAGGGGUCGGCCGUCACGGGGUGGCGCGCCGCCAUCACCGCCGUCCGCCACAGGACGGCGACGGCGGAGGAGAUGAGUCCACGUCGGCCCGGAGACAAAGAGCGGCGCCUACAGCUGCCGACGCGCAGCAGGCCGGGGAGACCACGCCGUACUCAGAACACGCCCACACCCACUCCUCCUCCGCCUGUGACCACGUCGUCACCGCUACCGUCGAGCACAUCGACGUCCUCGACGAGCACUUCGACGAGUACAUCCACAAGGUCCACAGCUACGAGCUCUUCGACAACGAGAACGCCCACGAGGACGACCACCUCCACGACGAGCUCCACGACGAGCCCCACGACAUCAAAAACACCAACAAGUGCCCUCCCGCUAUCUUUGCCACCUCCACUACCUCCGGCACUCCCGCCUUCCCCGCCAGUAUCAGUCACCUCGACCGUCUUCCUGACGAUGCCGCCGCCGGCGGCAACCGUACCGAUACAGGCUCCGCCACCGGCACAGUCUACUCCGGCAGUAUCCGCUCCGCAACCGGAAAUACCACCACCUCUACCGCGGCCAUCCAACUGCCCACGCCACCGCAACAAUCCCCGCCCCAGUCGCCCUCGAGCGAUCCCGUUCCGCAACCCGUCGUGGGUGGCGAUCCCAAGAAGCAGCCGAGCCAGGACGAGAUUCGCGAGAACGCAGAAAGAGACUGCACUUGCACCAACAAAAGCUUCGACGUACAGCUGCUCGCGGGUCUGUGUCAAAGUUGUAUACGAAAGUCCGGAAACAGGGCGGAUAGCCUAGACAUUAUUAUGAUCCAGUGCAACUUUACCGGGGCGGAUUAUACGCCCAAGAAAGACAGGCUCGUCGAUGGGAUCCGCGUUGAGGCGCAGAAGCCCUUUCUGUCCUCCAGCGGGAACGUGCUGGCCGGCACAGGAAAAUUCAAACCCGGAAUCGCCGCGGCGGCCGCAGCUCUCGUCAGCCUUGUUGCAGGCAUGGCGUUGUUUGUGUAG